AUGAAGAAAAAAGGGUGUGAGAUUGAAGCAGUAGGCAUUACCUACAAAAUCUACAGCCAUAACAAUGAAAACCCAUUCAGCAUCUUCAAGAGAAAGGAUGAUCAACUUGGUAAUCAAACAACACCAUCUUCUUCUGGGAUGAGAACAGUGCUUAAUCAGGUGACUUGCAGAGCAAAGCCAUGGGAAAUCCUCGCUAUCGUGGGUCCCAGUGGCGCCGGGAAAUCAUCAUUGCUUGAAAUACUAGCAGGAAAGCUCACCCCACAUUCUGGCUCAAUUCUCAUAAACAGCAAUGCCAUUGAAACGGCCAACUUUAACAAGAUUUCAGGGUAUGUUACUCAAAAGGACAUGCUCUUCCCACUCCUUACUGUGGAGGAAACACUUUUGUUUAGUGCAAAAUUGAGGCUGAAACUCCCACCAUCGGAAUUAACUUCCAGGGUGAAAUCCCUAAUGCAAGAGCUAGGACUAGAUCAUGUGGCAAACACCCGGGUGGGAAAUGAUGGAAUACGUGGAAUCUCCGGUGGGGAACGAAGGAGAGUCUCUAUUGGUGUUGAUGUGAUCCAUGACCCAAAAGUGCUAAUCCUGGAUGAACCCACAUCAGGGUUAGACAGUACCUCAGCAUUGCAGAUCAUUGACAUGUUGAAAAAUAUGGCGGAAACAAGGGGUCGAACCAUCAUUUUGAGUAUCCAUCAACCUGGUUUUCGCAUUGUGAAGCUCUUUAAUUCCAUCCUCUUAUUAGCAAAUGGGACAGUUCUGCACCAUGGCACAGUUGACCAGCUUGGGUCUAAACUCGGACAGAUGGGUCUCGAACUCCUACCUCAUUGCAACGUUGUAGAGUUUGCAAUUGAUUACCUGGAAACAAUCCAACAACAACAACAACAACAACAAGAAAACUCAGCUUUAUCAUUGCAACAAGCAGCUUCUGCUGCCCCACAGCAAAGGAGAAAGACCCUUCAACAGUUAUUUCAGCAAUCUAGGGUUAUGGAUGAAGAGAGUGCAUACAUGGGAGUUGAGGUUGAAACCCAUAGUUUUGCAAACUCCAGGGUUGAAGAAAUAAUGAUCCUAAGUCACAGAUUUUCUAAGCUUGUUCUCAGGACAAAAGAGCUUUUUGCCUGCAGGACGCUGCAGAUGCUGGUUUCAGGGCUUGUAUUGGGUUCCAUAUUCUAUGACCUUAAGCAUGAUUUAGAAGGAGCAUUUGAAAGGGUUGGAUUAUUUGCAUUUAUCUUAACAUUUUUAUUGUCCUGCACCACAGAAGCAUUGCCUAUUUUCCUGCAGGAGAAAGAAAUACUAAUGAAGGAGACCUCCUCCGGGAGUUACCGAGUCUCGUCUUAUGUCAUUGCAAAUGCCGUAGUUUACCUCCCGUUUUUGCUCAUCCUAGCCAUCUUGUUCACAGUUCCAGUGUAUUGGUUAGUGGGGCUAAAGCCGGAGUUCUCAGCUUUCGCACACUUCUUGUUGCUGAUAUGGUUGAUUCUCUACACUGCUAAUUCUGUUGUGGUGUGUUUCAGUGCACUGGUGCCAAAUUUUAUAGUAGGAAACUCGGUCAUUUCUGGAGUGAUGGGGUCAUUUUUUCUGUUCUCUGGCUACUUUAUAUCCAAGAAAGAUAUACCAAGAUAUUGGAUUGGGAUGCAUUAUGUGUCCUUGUUUAAGUACCCUUAUGAAGGGUUCCUGAUCAACGAGUUUUCCGGGUCAAAAGUGUGUUUGGAGAGCAUGUUUGGGAUGUGUGCGAUGACUGGGAAGGAUGUUCUUAAGGAAGAAGGCUUGGGAGAGGAGAAUAGGUGGAGGAAUGUGUUAAUCACUGUGGGCUUCAUUUUGAUGUACAGGUUCAUAUCUUAUGUCGUUCUCAGAUGUAAAUGCUCCAAAAGGACUUUCAAGGAUGCCCUCAUUUGAACAUGGCUUGUUGUAGGCAGUGAAGCUUCAAAAUAGAACAGAGGCCAAAGGCAGGAGAAAAUGUGGCUGUGAGACUCCCAGACUCGCGACCCACAGGAUCACGAAAGCAAACAAAUUUACAGCAACAAGUUGUCACAACCUCUCAUGUGAAGACUCUACUUAUUAAAGGAAUCAGCUUUAAUACAUAGGGUAACUACUGAUGCUGUGGAUUUGUUUGGUUUUUGCAAGUUGAUGUUCAAAAAGCUUACAGUUGCUCGGUUUUCCGGUGGUUUUCUUGGGUCGUAAACUUUGUUGCUUAUUUCGUUUAUCCACAUUUUCCCAGUAGAUUGUGUUCUGUUGAUCAUUUUCCCACUGAGCCAGUUAAGCUACUGGUAUCAGGAACUUAUUUAUCCAAACUACUCCUUGUGAUCAUACUGUAAAAAUAAUUAUACUACAUCACACUGCUCUUAACUUCUUA